AUGACAUCAAUCUUAAUUUUCGCUUCUGAAGUUAACUAUAUUAAAAUAUUUAUCGAUUUUGAAAUUUUGGGUAAAAUGCAAGAUGGUAAAAUGCAAGAUGGUAAAAUGCAAGAUGGUAAAAUGCAUGAUUCGACCUCUGGAUCUUUAAAUACUAUUGCGUUGCUCGAUAUUCUUAAAGAUUACAAACCCGCAGGUAUAAAUAAGCAUUUUAAUUGUAUGGAAAUUAUAAAUAAAUAUUCGGAAAAAAUUCUAAAGCCAGUUUUUGCUGACGACAUAUGGGACAAAUUGAGUCAAUUUUAUGAUCUAGAUGCAUGUGAUGAAAGAGCAAGAAUGCCAUUUUCACUUGAACCUAAAGAUUUUUCACUACCCCAAGAAGAUUAUGGCUUAUUAAUAAAAAAGUAUUCAUCCAGACAAAAUAGGAAAAGCACUCCAACUCUAAAAGUGGAUGAUAAAGAUAUUAAUAUUUCCAUCAAAAGAAGAAAAACAGGAAGUGGUUAUAAAAAAUCAUCAAAAAAUGUUUGACUAUUCAUUUGCAUUUAACUAAUUAGAUUAUGUGAUAUAACGUUAUUCUAUGUAUAGAUUGUAG